UAUGAAAACAAGCCAAUGCGAGUUUUGAGCGACUGAAGACAGAUCCUGAGAUUGGCAAUAUAAAUGGGACGAAAGGUAUCGUACACGAUCUCGAGUGGCAUAACGAAUCAUGCCUUUAUCGUAGACCAUUCAAUAAAUCAGAAUGAAAUUAAUGGAUCUACCUAUGAAAUUAAUACGAAGCCGGAGCGGCAGCAAUGGGGAAAUGACAGGGAAUUUCUAUUAUCCUGUAUCGCCAUGUCGGUCGGUCUCGGUAAUAUAUGGCGAUUUCCGUUCACGGCAUAUGAGAACGGCGGCGGCGCCUUUCUGAUACCGUAUAUCAUCAUUUUAAUCGUCGUAGGGAAGCCGUUUUACCUGCUAGAGAUGAUCCUAGGACAAUUCUCCAGCCAGUCAUCCUUGAAGAUCUGGGACCUUGCGCCGGCAUUUAGAGGCAUUGGCAUCGCGCAAUGUAUAACAUUGCUGGCAUUGACGUCCUAUUACUGCUCGCUGAUGGCGUUGACCUUGUUCUACCUCAUCGCUAGUUUCCAAACGGAAUUACCGUGGGGAAGAUGCUGGGAGGAAUGGGGCGAAUUCUGCGUAGACUCUAUACGCAAUAACUACAGCUCUAGGACUGAGAACAUCAGUUAUUCCAGCUCUGCUGAGCUGUAUUUCUACAAGGAGGUACUGCGAGAAAAGGACAAUAUUAACGAUGGCAUCGGUGCACCGGACUGGCGUCUGUCGCUUACGCUCUUCGUCAGCUGGUUGACGGUCUUUCUUGUGGUGAUACGCGGCGUGCGCAGCUCCGGCAAGGCGGCAUAUUUUCUGGCGAUAUUUCCCUAUAUAGUUCUCAUUGUGCUGCUUAUAAGGGCAGUUACGCUGGAUGGAUCUGUCACUGGAAUCUUCUACUUUAUCACCCCGACAUGGGAGAAACUGUUGACGCCGAUGAUUUGGUACCACGCUGUUGCCCAAUGCUUCUUUUCAUUAACUGUUUGUUUUGGUGCUGUCGUCAUGUUUGCUUCGCAUAACAAAUUUCACCAUGACCUGUAUCGGGACGCAAUGAUAGUGACAACUCUGGACACCUUUACUAGUUUGCUGGCUGGUUGCACAAUCUUCGCCAUUCUAGGUAAUCUCAGUCGCGAAUUAGGGAUCGAGGACAUCGGCACAGUGGUUCGAGGUGGCACUGGAUUGGCAUUCAUUUCCUAUCCGGAAACGAUCGCUAAAUUUACGAUCGCACCGCAGUUCUUCAGUGUCAUGUUUUUCGCAAUGCUAUUCGUCCUGGGUAUUGGCAGCGAGGUUGGUCUCGCUUCCGCCAUAAUUUCCAUCGUGCAUGAUCAGUUCCCGAAGGUCAAGUACUGGCACAUAGCGGCUGGCACUUGCCUCUGCGAGUUCUUAAUCGGUCUUAUAUACGUCACGCCGGGCGGCCAGUUCAUGAUAACUUUCGUCGAUUAUUAUGUGACCUCAUUUAUCGCUUUUCUACCGGCUGCUUUCGAAAUGAUUGCUGUCGCUUGGUCAUAUGGACUGGGUAAUUUUCUGAACGAUGUCGAAUUUAUGCUGAAGAAACGGCUGUCGAUGUUCUGGCGAAUUUGUUGGAGCAUCCUUACACCUGGAAUUGUCCUUGUAAUCUUCUUCUAUACAUUCGCCAAUCUUGAAUUACUGAAAUACAACAAGAAGUUCUAUCCUUAUUCAGUUUAUGGAGUUUUGGUGCGUUGAACAGUUUUCGUAUCUCGGCACAGAUUGUUAUGGAUUUCCUAUUUACCUGACAGUCUUCGAAUAUGGACUACGUAAUGAUCUAUUGAAUUCUUAUUAUGUGUUCCUAUGUAUUCUAUUGCA